AUGGCGACAGGUCCCAGACUCCCGAUUCCAUCCAGCUUUGGUUUAGCGCAAACCAACAGGGAGACCAUGAUCGUGGCCUCCUCCUCCUCCUCCCAGGUCCUUGCAGCGGCCACUCUCUUCACCCUGAGAGCGGUGGCGGCAUCCGGCGGCAACGGCAGCGCCACCCUUGCCUUGUGCGUCCACGUCGACGGCGUUGUGGAGGCAGCUAGCGCGUCCGACAGAUUGUCCAGUGUGACGCGCUACGAUCAAAGAAGGGUCACCACCACCACCGGCCCGGACCGCGCGGACGAGUAUGCGCUCGCGCAGUGCCGGCCCGACGUGCCAGCGGACGAGUGCUUGCGCUGCCUCAAUGCCUGCCUUGGCACACUUGACACCCACUGCGACUCCGCCGCGGUGCGCUAUGACAGCUGCCUCCUCCGCUCCAGUCCACACAACUUCAGCAGCUUCGAUGUCGAUGAGUACACGGUGGCCGUGUUCGACGGCAACGCGCCUAGCCUCCCGAAGAAGGUGCCUACUGGCUUGCUCGGCAAGGUGGCAGCCAACGCCACCGCGAACAGAUCCAGGACCGCUGCAGGGAUAGCGGACUACCCAGAUGCAGCGGCAACCGGCGGCCGUGGCCGUGCGAGUGUCUACGGGCUGGCCCAGUGCAUCACCCAGAUGACGGCGCAUGACUGCGGCAGCUGUCUCCGCGGCGCGCUGUCACGCCUCUCCGACGAGUUCAACUCCACUGCCGGGAUGCAGGUCCUUCGCCCCAGCUGCAUGCUGCGGUACGCGGGCUCUCCCUUCUUCAACGCGUCCCUCCUGCCCGUGGCCCAUGUCACCGUCCCAGAGGGCGACGGCGCCGCGGCUCCGGAAGGAAGCAUUUCCCUUCCACAGAACAAAGAUCGAGGCAAGGUGAUUGCACUUUCUUGUUCUGCAGGCGGAGCUGCUAUACUCGCACUAAUCCUAGUAGCAUUGUGGUGCAGACGGAGAGGCCGGAAAUCAAAGAUUGCCACGGGGGGUGGUAAGUACAGCUACCAAACUCUGGUGAAUGCCACUGCUAAUUUCUCCGAGGAAAAUCGGUUAGGAUCUGGUGGAUGCGGCGUAGUAUACAAGGGAAUACUGGAGAACAAGAAAGAAAUAGCCAUAAAAAAACUUGCAAGAAAAAAUCUGGAAGAACUGAAAAGGGAGGUUUCUCUGGUUGCCGAGCUUCAGCACGAGAACCUUGUCAAGUUCUUGGGCCAUUGCUUUCAGGACGAUAAGAUGUUUCUUGUAUAUGAAUACCUUAGCAAUAAAAGCCUAAGCAACUAUUUCAAAGGUUCAGCCGAGUACCAAAAACUGGACUGGGCAAAAUGGCUCAACAUCAUCAAAGGGGUUGCACGUGGCCUUACUUAUCUUCACCUUGAUUCUGGGAAGGAUAUUGUUCAUAGGGAUCUCAAGCCAUCUAACGUCCUCCUUGAUUCCAACUUUGCUGCGAAAAUUGCCGACUUCGAUCUUGCAAGAGGGUACAACAGGGAGAGGAGUCAUGAAAGCACUCGUAACAUGGCCGGUACUUAUGGAUACAUAGCUCCAGAGUGCUAUGCGGAAGGGAAAUUCUCCACCAAAUCGGACGUGUAUAGCUUCGGGGUGCUGGUGCUGGAGAUCUUAGUUGGGCAGAGCAUUAAUAGGUUCGAGAACGACAACUGCACCGGUCUCGUGGAACAUGUGUGGCAGCAUUGGAGCGACCUUAGAGUUGGAGACGUGCUGGAGAGGGACCAUCUUGGCCUUGGGAACCAUGAGCAGAUGCAGCAAGCAUCACGGUGCGUGCAGGUCGCGCUCCUCUGCGUUCAGAACGACCGGUCCAGGAGGCCGGCCAUGGACGAGGUCACCUAUUUCCUUAGCAAUGAGAUGCUUGUGCCGGAUCCUUCUGCCCCCGGGUACAUCACGGCGCCGCCCGGCAGCGGGCCGCCUGUGUGUUCGGUGAACGAUGUGACGAUCAGCAUGACGGAGCCCCGAUCCUGACCGGAAUGUUUCGUCUCGGGAUCUCUCUUGCACAUGAGUGGUGCACCUACGCUUGCCUAGAAGAUUUCCUAUCCUACAGAGAACAGACUCUGUUUAAUCCUGCAAGAAGUUGGAUCUUUGCAAGAUUAUCCAUUCUACAAAAAACUUGCAAAUAUCUGUUGGCAUCAUUGUUACGUAUAUGACUACCAAAAUUACAAAAUGGAGGAGGAGCUCCAAACUUUGUGCAUUUUAAAACCAAACCUAAAAAACAUACUCCCUCUAUAAAGAAAUAUAAGAGCGUGUAAAUUACUAAAGUAGUGAUCUAAAUGCUCUUGUAUUUCUUUACGGAGGGAGUACCAAAAAUAAACCAAACCGAAAUAAUUUUACGGUUUUUAUGGUUUCUGAUUUUGAUAUGGCAUGAACUUUUCAUACCGUUUUCCAUUUCGGAUUUUAUGUUAUGUAUAAAAUAUGUAUAUCAGACAAAAAUACAAAAACGAAAA